AUGGCGGAGCUAAGCCAGGAGGCGGUGUUGCGCUUCUUUGCCCAGAACGGGGGCCGAGUCCGCAACACCGAGCUGGUGGAGCACUUCAGGGGCGCCCUGGGCGGUGAGCCGGAGCAGCGGGCCCGCGCCCGCGAGCACUUCAAGCAGCUGGUCAACGCCGUGGCUACUGUCCGAACCGACCCCGCCGACGGCACCAAGUACGUGCACCUUAAGAAGAAGUUCAGCGCGGGAUUCCCGCCACCCGAGGGGGAUCUGCCCCGUAUCUCUGUGACCGCGGAGCCGGAGCCCUGCGAUGACGUUCCGGGGACCCCCGAGGACUUGGCCCAGCUAGGGGAGAGUGACCCACUCCCCGCGGCAGUAGCGGAGCCCGCUGAGCACUCCCCGGACGAGGGCCGGGAGUCUUCGCACCGGCCUCAGAGCCUGGCCGGGGACAGCCGGAGUGAGCCUUCCAGGUCCGGGCAGAUGCCGCCCCAGAGCAUCGGGGUCCGUAGGAAGAACUCGCGUCGCAACGUGCUGCCCCUGCCCCGGGGGCCGCCCCCAGGGCCUAGCGAGGAGCUGGAACCCCCGCCCCACGGCUGGGAGGAGGCGGAUGGGGGUACCUCCCCCGGGGGCGCCACCACCCCGAGGUCUACCCGCAAGAACUUCCGAGAGCUGGUGAUGGGCAACUCCCCGCAACUGAAAAGGAGCUUCUUUCCUGGGGGCAGCAGCCCAGGGAGCUCCUCCGGGGGCGGACGCAGCAAAGGUGGAGGGGAUUCGGACAGCGCCUCGCUGGCUUCGUCGUCGGCGGAGGAGGAGAGCAGCGGCGGGGGCUCGGUGACGCUGGACCCUCUGGAGCACGCCUGGAUGCUCUCGGCCUCGGACGGCAAGUGGGACAGCCUAGAAGGGUUGUUGACCAGCGAGCCAGGCCUACUGGCCAAACGGGACUUCAUCACUGGCUUCACCUGCCUCCACUGGGCCGCCAAGCACGGCAGGCAGGAGCUCCUGGCCAUGCUAGUCAACUUCGCCAACAAACACCAGCUACCGGUAAACAUCAACGCCAGGACCAGUGGAGGUUAUACCGCCUUGCAUUUGGCUGCUAUGCACGGGCACGUGGAGGUGGUGAAGCUGCUGGUGGGUGCCUACGACGCAGAUGUGGACAUCAGGGACUACAGUGGAAAAAAGGCUUCUCAGUAUCUGAAUCAGAGCAUCACCGAGGAGAUCAAGAACCUGGUAGGAGCCUUGGACGAGAGUGACGCAGAGAGCGCUGCCGGCAGUAGUGGUGGGCGCUGGAAGCUUCCAAAGGUGCUCCCCUCUCAUCUCAUCACCUACAAACUCUCACACGUCCUAGAAGAUGGAGGGGAUCAUCACCACCAUCACCAUCACUUGGCUGACGCAUGGUCUGGAGGCAAAGCCAAGGAUUCAGGUCGCAAAGCCUCAGGCAGUUCUAGUGGGCGGUUAAAACCCAGACUCAACAAAAUCCGUUUUCGGACUCAGAUCAUUCACACCACACCCUCUUUCAGAGACCUGGAACAACCACUAGAGGAGGAAGAGGAUGAAGAACGGUCUCUUAAAAGCCACUCAUCCUCCUCAUUCAAACUGAGACCGAAAUCCAACGUAUUUGGGUAA